CUGAACAGCAGGAUCGGAGCGACCUGGUCAAAACGGUGUGAAGAUAUGAAAAAAAUCAAAGGACAAAUAGAGGAGAGAGGAUCCUGGGGGAGUAAAACAGAGUUUAUUUUAGCUGUGGCAGGGAUUGUGAUUGGUCUGGGUAAUGUGUGGAGAUUUCCCUAUCUCUGCUACAAGAAUGGAGGAGGGGCGUUCCUGAUACCCUACCUGGUGUUUGUGGUUACCUGUGGGGUGCCUCUGUUCCUGCUAGAGACGGCUAUGGGACAGUACACACAGGAAGGGGGCAUUACUUGUUGGCGUCGGCUUUGUCCACUGGCUGAGGGUAUUGGGUAUGCAGGACAACUGAUUAUUUUGUACAGCUGCAUGUAUUACAUCAUCAUUCUGGCCUGGGCGCUUUUCUACUUCAUCUUCUCUUUUAGCUCCCAACUGCCGUGGGACAGUUGUGACAAUACCUGGAACACAGCUGACUGUGUGAAUCUUGCUGCAAACAAUCUGACCCUUAACCGGACCAUGCUGAUUAAUUCAACUACUUCGGUUACUGAGUUCUGGAGAAACAGAGUGCUGGUUCUUUCUGAUGGUAUUGAGCAGGUCGGUAAGAUCAACUGGGAGAUUCUACUGUGUCUUAUUGCAAUGUGGAUCAUAUGUUAUUUCUGCAUCUGGAAAGGAGUCAAAUCCACAGGCAAGGUGGUGUAUUUCACAGCUACAUUUCCUUAUGUGAUGCUGCUGGUGUUGCUAAUUCGUGGGUUGACUCUUCCUGGAGCUCUGCAGGGGAUUGUGUUUUACCUGUACCCUGAACCGGCCCGUCUCUUUGACCCGCAGGUUUGGAUGGAAGCAGGAGCUCAGAUCUUUUUCUCCUAUGCUUUGGGUACAGCCUCUCUUACUGUAUUAGGCAGCUACAAUAAAUAUAACAACAACUGCUACAGGUUAGUUCAGUAUUAUUGUAUUAUUUCCAGUAUCUUUGUUUUUGGUAUCUAUUUCAAAGAGUUCGAUGGGGGGAUGUAUGUAUUCCAGUUGUUUGACUACUAUGCCUGCAGUGGAGCCUGUCUUCUUUUCCUCUGUGUGUUUGAGUCUCUGGCCAUGGGUUGGAUCUUUGGGGCUGAGAGAAUGUUUGAUGUCAUUGAAGACAUGACCAACUCACGACCCAAUUACAUAUUCAUGCUGUGCUGGAAAUACCUGACUCCUCUCGUGUCUCUGGUGUCUUUUGUCUGUUCUCUUGUGAAGUACAAACCCCUCACUUUUAACCGCUGGUAUGUGUACCCGGACUGGGCGUAUGCACUAGGCUGGUUACUGGCCCUGUCAUCCAUUCUACUGGUGCCUGCAUGGGCGCUUGGGCAACUGAUUGUUGUAAAAGGAAGCUUAAAACAGCGUUGGCGUCACCUGUGUAGUCCUGACAAAAACCUCCCUGUCACCUGUAAGCAACAAACAGAAAUACAAGAAAAUACCCUAAUCACAGAGAUGGAAGUCUUAGUCAAGUGCGACACAAACUAAAAAAAAUGUUUGAAUAAACCAAAAAACAUUCUUUUCACUAUUUCUGGAGGUGCUCACUCUUGCUGUUUAUUUCCACUUGUUUUUAGUGAUCUUUGUAAUAUAAUCAGC